AGUAGCGGCACGGUCUAGCUGGCUGGCUUUUCCUAGCUGAGCAAGCGCAGCCGAACCCAACCCACAGCUCUUCCAGGCGGGAAGGCUCCCCCCGACUCUGUAACCCCCAGCCGCACCCCGCUCGGCCCGCGGGCAUCUGCUGCGUGUCCCACCCGGGGCGCCCGCGCAGCCUCGAUGUUCCAGCUGCCCAUUUUGAAUUUCAGCCCCCAGCAAGUAGCCGGGGUAUGUGAGACCCUGGAGGAAAGCGGCGACGUGGAGCGCCUAGGUCGCUUCCUAUGGUCGCUGCCCGUGGCCCCAGCAGCUUGUGAAGCCCUUAACAAGAAUGAGUCGGUGCUGCGAGCGAGAGCCAUCGUGGCUUUCCACGGUGGCAACUACCGCGAGCUUUAUCAUAUCCUGGAAAAUCAUAAGUUUACUAAGGAAUCGCACGCCAAGCUGCAGGCGCUGUGGCUCGAAGCGCAUUACCAGGAGGCAGAGAAGCUGCGUGGACGGCCCCUAGGGCCAGUAGACAAGUACCGAGUAAGGAAGAAGUUCCCGCUGCCGCGGACCAUUUGGGAUGGCGAACAGAAGACUCACUGCUUCAAGGAGCGCACGCGGCACCUGCUUCGAGAGUGGUACCUUCAGGACCCAUAUCCCAACCCCAGCAAAAAGCGAGAGCUCGCCCAGGCAACCGGACUGACCCCCACACAGGUGGGCAACUGGUUCAAAAACCGCAGACAAAGAGACCGGGCAGCUGCAGCCAAAAACAGACUCCAGCAGCAGGUUCUGUCGCAGGGCCCCGGGCGGGUGCUACGCUCGGAGGGUGAGGGAACGCCUGAGGUGUUGGGCGUCGCCUCCAGCCCGGCUGCCAGUCUGUCGAGCAAGGCGGCCACUUCGGCCAUCUCCAUCACAUCCAGCGACAGUGAGUGCGACAUCUGAGCUGCCCACUCAUCACACUUAGAAUCCAGUGUAAAAAUGAGAUACACAAAAUAAAAAAAGAGAGAGAAAGAGAGAGGACAAGACCAGCAAAUACGGCGCUGGCAGAAGCCCCGUGGCCAGGGACCCGCGGGCCUAAAGGCUCUAGAAGCGAGAAUCCAUCGCGACUCUGGGGCAUGCGGUGAGGCCUGACCCAAUGCUACUUCUCUUCGCAUUGCUUUUCCUGAAGGAUCUGGCUGCAAAGACUCCUUUGGAACAGAACUGCACUCUGAGAGCCUGCCCUUGAGUCUCCUGCGGGUAUUUCACUUCGAAAGGACGCUGUUAUAUAUAUGUAUAACUUUUGCUUUGAAGGUUUCUUUUUUAAAAAACAAAACAAAACAUAUAUAUGCUGUUUAUUUACUUAUUUAAAAGACUUCCAUGAUAGGUUUCUCUGUAGCUUGGGGAACUUGCUGUUUUGAAUGAGCAAGCUCACGCGUUCUGUGUGAAGAAGCCAAAUAAUAAAACAACUUGGUGGAUAACCUUUCUUAAUUAAGAGAGCUGCUAUCUCAGAUUUUAAAAAUCACUCUUAUUUCCUUUGCUGGGCACGCAGCAUGGAGUCUUAUUCAAAUUGUCUCUCCAACUUCUCUAUAUCCUCUGACAUCUCAGUAUAUUUAUAUUUUAAGCAGCCACAGAUAAACCGCUAACUAACCGCCACAUCGGAUUGUAUGAAAAUGUAUGCAUGUGUAUACAUAAACAUAUGCACAUUGCCAUAUUAAACCCAGAAUUUGGAACAUGAACAUGCCAUCUAUGGCAGCGCUCUACAUUCGCCACACAGGUGAUCAUGGUUUGUCCACCUAAUCAUUUUUAUGAAGUGUUAGUGAUUUUCAAGAACAAUUUUAGAAGACAAAUUUUAGACUCAGGUAAUGAAUCGUAUUUUACAAAAAUGCCAAGACACGAGGGCUUUAUGAUUAAAAAGUGUUUCCAUUUUGUUUGAGGUACUCUCCCACUCAGAAACUUAUGGUCAUUCAAGGUAAGCAUGUAGCACAGGUAGAAUACUUACUAAGUGCUGUAGGUCUUAUUAAGACCAUUUAAAAAGAUAGGAGAGGUUGAUACUAACCAGGCUAGCAUCUUCCUGCUUCAGAAAUGGGUUUUAGUCAACUAAAUUAUUUUCACCAGGAGAAAUACUAAGAUAGGAGACAGUAUGCAGGCUUUAUAUUGACCAGAAAGCAUGCUACAGAGAAAUGACAGGCAUUUUCUAAAUCAGUGCUCUACAUUUAACAUGCAAACAAUUCAUCAGGAAGUUCGUUGCCUUGGGACUAGCCUUCAUUAAAAUAUAAAAUAUUCUUAGCAUGUAAUUGUUCUUUGUACAUACACACACAUAUACCACAUGCACACAUACACACACGUACACACUCUACCACUUUUGCACUAAGAACGUAAAUAAUAUCCAUAUUAUCUAAGAUUUUGCUUUGCCUAGUGAAAUGGAUUGCACAUUACAAAUUUUAAUAUUGAUCUUUAAAUCUCAGCCAGUUAGAGUUCUUUUAAUUCACCUCUCACCUGCUAAAAAUUUCUGAAGGCAAAAAAUGUUAAAGUACCAAACAAAUGAAAACUGGAGUUAUGAAAGAAAAUAGGUGGUCAAGUGGCUAUUGGAAGCCCAGGACGUGAGAAAGGGCUGAUGUAUUACGUGUAUGUAUGUAUGUAUGUAUGUAUGUAUGCAUGCAUGUAUGUAUAUAUGUACAUUUGUAUGUAUGUAUGUAUGAGUGUGUGUUUGAAUGUAUAUAUGCAUGUAUACAUAUUUGUUUGUAUGUCACUUAAGCAGAGUUGGCUACUGUGGGCUUUAAAAUUGUCAUCACUGAGUCCACUUGUUCCAUAGCUAGAAAAUUGUUGCAAAUUGAAACUCUCAUAGCAAAAGAUGGACAGGUUUAGGAAGCUUUUGUGGUCAAACAGGUAAUUCCCAAGUCAAACAAAUACUCUUCAGUGGCUCAAGAAAGCCUUCCAUGGUAAAGCUAUAUCUUUUGAUUUCUAAAGUCCCUGUCGAUUCUUUGGGUGACAAGGAGCAGUUUGGGCCUCCAGAGGGGGAAAAUAAAAGGCAUCAAGAAUGCAAAUAUUAAGAAAUUGUUCACUUUCCUGGUCAUGUGAGUGACAUGUCCUAGCGACCUGAAACUGAGUAUCUCCUUAAUUUUGUGCCUUGGUUGGUGGUGGUGACUCUAACUAGCAGACCUCUGGAGGUUUGGGGUCAGCCUGGUCUACAAGGUGAGUUUCAGACCAACCUUGGCUACACAGUGAGGUUUUGUUUUGUUGUUUUUAAACACAGAGUGUUUCAGAAAGCAACACCAUAAUUGCACCCGAGGUUCUCCCGCCUCACAAUAGGCUAGAAUCAGCCUAGCAGGAUUGCACUUCAGUGGAAAAUUCAUGGCUCUCAAUCUUAUAAUCCAGCUCCAUCCGAAACUCAUUUCAGCUAUGAAUGAUCCAGAGCCAGAAAAUGGAGACAUUUAUUGGCAAAAUUUAUCUCUUAUCUUUGUGAUCCCAGGUCAAACAGAAAAGACAGAAUGAACUAAUUAGUAAAAUGAUGGACAAGAAUUUGAGAUUCUAAAAAUCCUAACAUACUUGCCAGUUUCAAAUGUCUGAAACAGAUGGAAACACCCACCCUCUCCAGAAUUAGAGUAAGGCUGCAGGAACUAAGCUUUCUCCGUAUAAAACAAUGUUUAAUGAUACUUACGGAAAAGCAGAAGGCCAAACAGUGAAGGUUUUUAAAGGAGAUAUACUAUUUCCUUAAAUUAACAAGCUGCCCAAGAAUUACGUUUAAAGUAGUUAUAAUGCUUCAAUAGCAUGCAGACUUAUUCAUCCGAUUUCAUGUUGAAAUCUUGGGGCCACCAACAUUGUUUGAAGAAUGCUUUUGUAUGUUUACCUGAAAUCUGAUGACACGUAAUUGCUUUGUGACUAAUACUUGGAAUGACCCUAGGUUGGAAAUUAGCCCAGAUCUUCAAACAGCAAUUUACUCAAUCACCCGAAUCAGCCCAUAAACAUGUGUUAUAAAGAUUUUACAUUUUUAUAUCAAUUUUAUCCUGACCUAGACUGCGUUAAAUUCGAGGCAGUGGAAAGGCUCCAAUAAAAGUCUCUGAAUCGCG